AUGUAUUUAAUAGCCUUUUUACACUACUGUAAAUGUUUGGCAGUGUAUAAAUUAGACAUUACCGGUUUUACUGAUGAGACACCUCGCGACUAUUACUGCAAUUUAGGACCCGAUUGUAGGCGUCGGGAUGCUGAUGAAAGGCCUGAAUUGUGCCGGGGAACCGAUGAAUUUGUUGCCUCAAAGGAAUACAUGGUUCGUGAUCCAAUGCCUGCUGUUUUUUUCUUCCUUGUGGAUGUCUCCAUGAAUGCCAUUCAAAGUGGGGCAACUGCAGCAGCUUGCAGUGCAGUGGCUCAAAGCAUUAAUGACCUUCCUGAGAGUCCUCGGAACAUGGUUGGUUUUGCAACAUAUGAUUCAACUGUUCCACUCCCAGUCGCUCUCCUUUUCGUUCCUUUCCCAAAGCCGUGCAGCGGGCGCCACCAGCUCCAGCGACGAGGUCUCCGACCUUCUCAGCCGGGUGAAAAGCCGCAGGCACUUCUGGAUAAAUGUAAGGGCGGAUGCAUUCAGUGGAGGAGUUGGAGCACAAGUCAAAGCUUUGAUCGACAUGCUUUGGAGUUGUUGGAGCGGAUGCCAACUCUUGACCCAUCUCAGAGGAUAUCUGCAAAGAUGCACUUGAUGCUGAGUGUUUCUAGUGUGAUCCGUUGCCAUGUGGCCCGAAAAGAGCAAGAAGAAAAGACAACAGCAAAGGCAGCACGAAGAAACAGCCAAGAGGCAAAAAUUACAGCAUCCUCAACAACAUCAAUGUUUGCUGCCAAUUCAGCAGCCAGGGCAACCGCAUAUGCAAAUCAGGCCUGACCCUUACCAAUGCCCCACCUCAAGUUGUUGCUGGGCCAAGUCACCACUACAAUAAGCCUCGGGGAC